GCCGGGGGCGGGGGCUGCCCCGCGGGCGGCGGCGACUUCCAGUGGUGCUUCUCGCAGGUGAAGGGGGCCAUCGACGAGGAUGUGGCGGAAGCCGACGUCAUUUCAACUGUCGAAUUUAACUGCUCUGGAGAUCUUCUUGCAACAGGAGACAAGGGUGGACGAGUUGUUCUUUUCCAGCGAGAACAAGAGAGUAAGAGCCGCCCUCACGCUAGGGGAGAAUACAAUGUCUACAGCACCUUUCAGAGUCAUGAACCAGAGUUUGACUAUUUGAAAAGUCUAGAAAUAGAGGAAAAAAUUAAUAAAAUUAGGUGGUUACCACAACAGAAUGCUGCUCAUUUUCUACUCUCUACAAACGAUAAAACUAUUAAAUUAUGGAAAAUAAGUGAACGGGAUAAAAGAGCAGAAGGUUAUAACUUGAAAGACGAAGAUGGACGACUUCGAGAUCCAUUUAGAAUUACAGCACUACGGGUCCCCAUAUUGAAGCCCAUGGACCUUAUGGUAGAAGCAAGUCCUCGACGAAUUUUUGCAAAUGCUCAUACAUAUCAUAUAAAUUCCAUUUCAGUAAAUAGUGAUCAUGAAACGUAUCUUUCUGCAGAUGACCUGAGAAUUAAUCUGUGGCAUUUAGAAAUCACAGAUAGAAGUUUUAACAUCGUGGACAUCAAGCCUGCUAACAUGGAGGAGCUGACGGAGGUGAUCACAGCGGCCGAGUUCCACCCGCACCAGUGCAACGUCUUUGUCUACAGCAGCAGCAAAGGCACCGUCCGCCUGUGCGACAUGCGCUCCUCGGCCCUGUGCGACAGACACUCUAAGUUUUUUGAAGAGCCUGAAGAUCCCAGCAGUCGGUCCUUCUUCUCAGAAAUCAUCUCCUCCAUCUCGGAUGUGAACUUCAGUCACAGCGGCCGGUACAUGAUGACCAGAGACUACCUGUCCGUGAAGGUGUGGGACCUCAACAUGGAGAGCAGGCCUGUGGAGACGUACCAGGUGCACGAGUACCUUCGAAGCAAGCUUUGCUCCCUGUAUGAGAACGACUGCAUCUUUGACAAGUUUGAGUGCUCCUGGAACGGUUCUGACAGUGCGAUUAUGACUGGAUCCUACAACAACUUGUUUAGGAUGUUUGAUAGGAACACACGGAGGGAUAUCACCUUGGAAGCGUCCCGGGAGAACAGCAAGCCUCGAGCCAUCCUAAAGCCUCGGAAGGUAUGCACAGGUGGCAAAAGAAAGAAAGAUGAGAUUAGCGUUGACAGUCUAGACUUCAAUAAGAAGAUUCUUCACACCGCCUGGCACCCCGUGGAGAACAUUAUUGCUGUCGCCGCCACCAAUAACUUGUACAUAUUCCAGGACAAAAUCAACUAGCCAGGCUCCUUGGAGGACCACGGCUCAUCCUCCUAGUUCGCCGCCGCUUUCUGUGAGAGAAAAGGCGCCACUUCCUCUCCGUUCAGGACAGUGAGGCCCCUGCUGCUCCCUCUGGGCGAGGAGAGCGGGGCCCAGGGCUGCGCCCGUGGUUCUGUCUUCAGUGAGGUGACGUAGGGUCGCUGCUCAAGGGAAACCCACUCGAGGCAGAACUGAGGGACAGAGCCCAGUAAAGGCCAUCAUUCAAAAUAAACGUAUUUAUUUAAGUCUGCGCCUGCUGUUCCCAUUUAUAGACCCGAGAGCUAACGUUCAAGAGAAAAGUCAUCAUCUGUAGUACUUCUCUCUUUCUCUCCCCCUUCUUCUGUCUCUCUGCUAUCAUAUUUGGGCCUCCGAGCACACGUGGUGUGGCGUCUGUCCACACGCCGCGUCUGUCGGCCUCUGAGCUCACACGGGUUCACACCAACUUCAGGUUCAGGGCCCGGCAGGCAGCAGCCACUGUCACACACCUGCUGACCCGCUGUAUCCGCCGUCACACACCUGGGUGGCCACUUAAUAAAAACCACAAACUACAUAGAGUGUCUUUAAAUCUGAGCACAAUCAGAUUUAUCAUAUCAUCUUUUUGUUUACUUUCAUUGCAUAUAAUGAAAUUAUGCAGAGUUAUUCUCUGGAACAAUUUGGAAAACUUAGUGCUUAAUUGGCAAAAUGGUGGAAUAUGUGCAGUAUUUUCAAUUCUAAAUGUCUCGACCCCAAAGCUGCCGUCACUUCAUCUCUGCAGAAGUAGUACCUCUGAUAGACCAGGUAAGGGGAAGCCUUCCCAGCAGCCACCUCAAGAGGAGAAAGGGAGCAAAACCACUGCUCGAAAAUCAACGCCAGUCUGCAGGAGGCUCGCAUUCCCCGCGAUUGAAUACUUACGCUUGCUUUUUAAACCUUUUUAAAACACUGGAGGGAAACGAGACUUUUAGGUACUGCUAAAAUUACAUGCAUGUAGAAUUUCAUACGGCGUAUCGACCGGCAGAGUUCAACAGUUACCAUGAUGUGGUGCCACCAGCACCUUGGUGGUGGAUUUUAAAAGUAAAGUCUUUGAUAGCAAAAAUCAAGAUUUCUGAAGAUUAAAAAAUACAGCAGUGUCACCGUGCUGAGCGAUGGGAGCCCCGUUACGCUGGUGGCCCCCAGGGAGGGAUGGGGCUCACACGGCUGGGACGGAGAUGGCUUCCCUUUCGGGACAAAACCCUUAGCACUGCCCUGACUGAUGUUGCUGGAACGCCCCUUUAGUCCACAUGAAGCUAGGAAAUUGAGAAUCUACAAGGAUGUUUAUUUUAAUUUAAAAAUCAUUCUUUACCGCGUACCGGCUGUGACCCAAUUUACGAGUUCUGAGGUGUGGAACGGAGUUGUUGAAGCAUCAGUUAGCCCUGGUCCUUAACAAAGUAACAAAAACUAGUUCUAGUAAAAUGGGGUUGUAUAUAUUUGUCCAACUAUUUUGACCAAAAAGUUUAAUAAAUUUUAAAUGUUUG